AGGACACUUCCGCUUCCUGGCCGGACUGAUAUCGGAAGAAGAAGGAACAGCCCUGGUGUCUCAUUCCUGUCUUUAAUGUUUACAUUUUCAGAGAGAUAGAACAAUCAUCAUUUAUACAGACUGCCAGACACAAUCACCCAAGACCAGCUCAGUUGGGACACAACUUUCCAUAAAGACUCUCCAAGCACAUGUCCAGAAGUAAAGAUAAGUCAACAAAGUGUCUUCAUUGAGAGGCUACAAACCAAACCCCAGACAUCAGCAAGCGUGGACCUCAAGUAUGGAGCAGGAUGAGCCCCAGCCCCUCUAUAUUAAAGAAGGAGAGGAGGAUCCCCCACAAAUCAAAGAGGAAGAGGAGGAGCUGCAGUACCGCCACAUUAAAUGGGAAGAGGAGGGGCCAAAGCAGCCCCACAUUAAAGAGGAAGAUGAGGAGCCACACUCCACCAACAUUAAAGUGGAAGAUGAGGAGCCACAGCCCCCUACAUUAAAGAGAAUGAAGAGUCAUAGCUUGGUUCACAUUAAAGAGGAAGAGGAGGAACACAACAUCAGUCAGGAGGGAGAGCAUAUUGAAGGACUGGAGGAUUUCCCAGUGGCUGGUGUCCCUGUGAAGAGUGAAGACGAUGAGGUCAAAGGUGAAAGUGGGGAGAAGAGAGAGGCGGAGCCUCCAAGCAGCAGCUCAGCUCAACACAUGACAACAGAAGCUGAUGGAGACCACUGUGGAGGAUCACAAGCAGACAAGAUCUUAGCUCCACUGUCAGAUAGUGGCGACACAACGCCACACUCUUCUGAUUCUGAAGACUCUCAAGCUGAUAAGACACGUCACACUGACAACACCCGCUUGAAAUGUUCCCAUUGCGACAAAACAUAUAUUUACCGUAGUCAUCUGAAAAGACACAUGAGGAGACACACUGGAGAAAAACCUUUUUCCUGUUCAAUCUGUGCAAAAAGUUUCACUCAAAAACACAAUUUGAAAACACACCUGAGGAACACAACAUCAGUCAGGAGGGAGAGCAUAUUGAAGGACUGGAGGAUUUCCCAGUGGCUGGUGUCCCUGUGAAGAGCGAAGACGAUGAGGUCAAAGGUGAAAGUGAGGAGAAGAGAGAGGCGGAGCCUCCAAGCAGCAGCUCAGCUCAACACAUGACAACAGAAGCUGAUGGAGACCACUGUGGAGGAUCACAAGCAGACAAGAUCUUAGCUCCACUGUCAGAUAGUGACGACACAACGCCACACUCUUCUGAUUCUGAAGACUCUCAAGCUGAUAAGACAUGUCACACUGACAACACCCGCUUGAAAUGUUCCCAUUGCGACAAAACAUAUAUGUACCAUAGUCAUCUGAAAAGACACAUGAGGAGACACACUGGAGAAAAACCUUUUUCCUGUUCAACCUGUGCAAAAAGUUUCACUCAAAAACACAAUUUGAAAACACACCUGCGGACACACGCUGCAGAAAAACCUUUUUCGUGCUCAGAAUGUAGUAAGGUUUUUGCACACAAUUGUAUGCUAAAGGAACACAUGAGAACUCACACCGGAGAAAAACCCUUUUCCUGUUCAAUCUGUGGCAAGGAUUUUACUCGAAGGCAAUAUUUGAUAGUACACACGAGAAGACACACUGGAGAAAAACCCUUCUCCUGCUCAGUAUGCGGUAAAUGUUUUACGCGAAAUAACGAUUUGAAAAUACACGUGAGAAUGCACACAGGAGAAAAACCUAUUAAUUGUCCCGUAUGUGAUAAAGGCUUUACACGAAGUAACUAUUUGAAAGUACACAUGUUAUUACACACUGGAGAAAACCCUUUUUCUUGUUCAAUAUGUGGUAAAGGUUUUCCACGAACUUGUGAUUUAAAAACACACAUGAGAAUGCACACCGGAGAAAAACCUUUUUCCUGUUCCAUCUGCAGUCAAGGUUUUUCACGAUCUAGCGAUAUGAAAAUACACAUGAGAAUACACACUGGUGAAAAGGCCUUUUCUUGUUCAAUCUGUGGUAAAGGGUUUACACGAAUCCGCGAUUUUAAAAUACACAUGAUAACACACUCUAGUGAAAAACCAUAUCACUGUAUAAACUGCAACAAAAGCUUUUGUCAACAAAGAACCCUUGUAUUACACAUGAGAAAACACACAGGACAGAAAGUGUUGAGUUGCAGUGUGUGUGGUGAACGGUUCUCUUAUAAGUACCAGUGUAAGAAACACAAGUGUGCUGCUGAGAACAGCAGCAGCAAAUGAAGCUGCAGGAUUUGAAAUAAUCUGUUAAAACUAUAGCAUCUAUAACAUCAGCACAUAUAACGUGUGUGACAUCAUUGUUGUGUUAACACAAUCUUGUUAAUAUGAUUCAAACAUUUGUUGAUUAGAAUUUUUAGAUUGGUGCUUUUUUUUGUCUGUCAAGUACUUGUAUUAACAUACAACAGUGUGUAAUUGUAUUUAAAAAUGAACAGAAAAAUUUGAUUGAAUAAGCAUUUUAUGUCUAUUAAGAUAUUCUUAAUUACAUUUUAUAAUCACUCACAGUGUUUUAUAUCGAUUUUUGAUAUGUAGGAAAUGUUACAUAUUUUCAUUUCUUAUUGUAAACAUUUCCAUAGAUGAACUCCUUUAUACGAUUAACACAUUUGUUUUGCAUUUUUUCAUAUCUUUGCUUUUGAGUACACCUAAAUCCCUCUUAGUUCAUAUGUGAAACGUCUUCUGGACCACUUCUGGAAGCAUAUUUAUAUUUACUUCACAUGUCAUUUGAGCAGUUGUUUUAUACACGAUCAUUAACCUUUGAGGACAAAGCUCCGCCGCUCCUAGUCUGUGGAAAGCUCUCCCUGACCACCUGAGGGCACCGCAGACUGUGGAUGCUUUUAAAAAAGGCUUAAAAACCCUUCUUUUAAAAAAAAAAAAAAAAG